AUAGGUAUGAAGGGCAUCGUGAUCGUCGAUGCACAAGGCUCGACGGACACGCCGAGAGCGCAUCUCGUCAACCCCUUCACUAUGGAAUGUCUCCGUGAUAUCGGCCUCGAAGACGAUGCUACAAGAAUGUCUGUAGCCCCUGAGUUGAUUGGGGCUUUCCGAUACUGUCGUAGCCUGCUCGGGCAGGAAUGGGGUAGAGUCCUCCACUGGGAAGGGGUUCCCGAAAUAGCCGCCCAGGUCAAAUCGUCCACGCCCAGCAGGUGGAUUGAUCUCCCACAAUCAUACAUGGAGCCCAUUCUGGUCAAUAACGCCUCCCACAAUGGCUUUGCCGUACGCUUCUCGACCCAGCUUGAGUCAGUGGAGAAGGCUCCCUCUGGAGAAUGGCUGUGUAGAGUGCAGGAUCGUGUUCGGGAGGACUCAUACGUCAUCCGCACCAAAUUUCUUUUCGGAGCCGACGGCGGGCACAGUACAGUUGCUCGAUUCACAAAUGCCAAAUUUACAUCAAUGCCGUCUCAAGGCGUGGCGUGUAACAUACUUCUUUCUUGCGAUGUGACCCAUCUGAUAGAAGGAAGACAGGCACAACUGCACACAAUUGUAAACCCGACGGCGAACUCUCGCCUGGGCAUUGGCGGUAUCAUCCGCAUGAUCCGUCCCUGGCACGAGUGGAUGUUAGUCACCGUGACACCGGGAAUCGACAUCAGCCAGGAUCCUUUCAAAAACCUGAAGCCAGACAGCCCUGAGCUCGUCGCCUACGUUCGCGAGGCACUCGGGCUCGACGAGAACUCCUUGACCAAGGACAUACCGCUCAAGAUCCACCGUCUCGACCCGUGGGUGAUCCGCGAGACAGUCGCAGACCACUUAGACCCGGACAACAACGUCUUCCUGCUUGGUGAUGCCGCCCACCGUCAUCCACCCAUUUAUGGGCUAGGCAGUAACACUUGUGUCCAGGACGCGUAUAACCUGGCGUGGAAGGUCGCUUUCGUGGCGCGUGGUCUCGCCGGUCCAGGGUUACUCCAAUCGUAUGAUGGAGAGCGGCAGCCCGUGGCCGCUCAAUUGGUCCGUGAGGCAAAUGCUGGCCUCCGUACUCAACACGUGCCGUUGUGGCAUGCGAUGGGGCUGCUGGGCCAAAGUCCUGAGGAGGGCUCCCAAGUGCAGCCCUUGCUCAACUCGGCUACGGAGGCAGGUGAAGAGCAGAGGCGAAAGCUGCAUGAGGCGUUCGAGGUCAAGGGUAUCGAAGGCAAGAGUCUGGGCCUGUGCGGCAACCAGUGGUACACCUCGAACGCCAUCUAUCUGGACGACGAGACAGGGCCACGCCCGCAAAUCCAGGGGGAUCCCAUCGUCGAGUUGCAGGUGUGCACGUAUCCUGGGACUCGCCUCCCGCACGCAUGGCUGGACGUACCCGCGCGGCGCAGAGCAAUCUCGACACAUGACCUGGCUGGAAAAGGAGCCUUCUGCCUCUUCACAGGCUAUGGUGGAGAUGCCUGGCAGGACGCAGCCGCAACAAUCAGCAAGAAGACGGGCAUUCCCAUCAACAGCUACAAGAUCGGGUUCGGGCUCGAGUGGCAGGACAUUGAGCGCCAGUGGUACGCACGCAGGGGAGUUGAGGAUAGCGGGUGUGUGCUCGUCCGUCCUGAUCGAUAUGUGGCGUGGAGGUCUGUCAAGAGGGUCGAUGACUGCGAAGGAAAGUUGUCGAGAGUGCUGGAUAGAAUCUUGAGCAGAGAAAUGAUGGUCUGACCAUCAACUUUGAACACCCAGUAGUGCUAGCCAUAUUUGCUAGGUUGACCAGAACCAUCGAAAUAAGCUUAAAAG